AUGUUGUUUCUCCAUUUCCUAUCUUUCAUCCUUUCAGUCUCGCUGAGUGGCCAGCAAACCGGAAAUAAAACAGAGACGUUUGUGGGGUUCAUCUUAAACGUAUACAACGAGUUUGAAGAUGAACCAAGUGGUCAUUUUAUGGCACCACUGCCUCAGGGAGUGAAGAAAGCAGAGUGUCAUUACAAAAACCGGUCUUUUAUGGUAAGUCGCAUAUACUAGUUUCAUUUUUCACAACUCCAUAAAUCAAAUUACAGUCAACUCUCUCGUCACUGACCAUCCGGCUUGGUGUACAACAGAGUGGUCGCUUACUCGAGGUGGUCUUUUUCGGGAAAAAUCAAGAAAAUAACCUCAAACUGAACUGAUUAACAUAGUCACAUAAAGUUAAUACCUAAAAAGCUCAAACUUAGGCAAAUUAAACUGCUGGCAAUAACCUUGUACAUCGAAUAGCGCUUGGAGCUGUUGAAACUUUGUACAUAACGUUUUGCAGCAAUAUUACAAUCCACUCUUUUACAUUACAGCCAUUUUUCGUAAGUGAGUUGUUAUAAUAUGUCAGCACGCUUUCUCACCGCUAUCAAAAAUGAACUUUUGUGACUUUUUCUUUCUCCUUCUAAACUGGUGCGGUCCCCAAGAAAUCAACUCCUGGAAAAUUCGCCUACGUUUGACAUUUACAGCGAAUUAGAACAAACGCGCAAAAUCCGGUUGACUAGCGUCGCUCAAAAACGUCGCUCCUUAAACUCCCUAAUAAAUCCUAACGAACACGUGUUUUCAGAAUGAAGUGGUAAUGAACUCUACUGGCAAAGAGUGGACUGAUCUCCAAAUUCAAUGGAAGUCUCCAAAGAAGUACCCAGCCGGAAAAAUUCACAUCAGGUGAGGCUAGUGUGAUUUGCAAAAUUGUGAAAAGGCGUCGCUGGCAAAAUAUUAUAUUACCAGCACCAGUGAAGAACAUCAGGUGUUAUAAACUGGAAAUAACCAAAGAUUAGGAAGUGCAAGCGAGGUUGAUCAAAGGUCAAAACGCUUUAGCUCUAAAGUUUAUACUUUCCUUCCAUGUGAAAGAAGGUUAAAAUGCGCGUGAACAGAUUUCAACUGGGAGAAGGUCCAAACGGCCAUGAUCAGAAAGCGUCUAUCAUAGCAUCCAUUCAUUCUUUAUAGUGGCAAUAAAAAAAAAAGGCCAACAUGCUUGGCGCGCACGCGUAAUAGGAACCUGGAAAUUUGGAUUGCGGACUCCUCUGGUGGCCCCCCUAAGAACGAGUGGGCCUAUUCCGAUUGUGGUAGGUAAUUGCGGAAAGUUGCUUAAAGAGAUACCAAAAAUAAUUCCCAGUCAAACAAGCUAAAAAAUGCUUACCUCCAUCGAUGUUUUAACAUGAACUUAAAAGUUCAUCUUCGAUACUGCAAGUUAAUCGGCCAGUUAAGAAGCUUAAGGGUUGUUCAGCUCCUCAAAUAUUCUCCAAAUAGCAAAUGUCGCCCUUCGAGUUAUCUUCUUGCUGUUCUUGCUUUUUUUCAGCCAAUAGUUCGCCUAAUUCUUCCUGGCGAAACGAGUGAAAUGUCCGCCAUUUUUGUUCUCACCAUCAAAACAACCUGACCACGUCCCCAGAUCAUCUCGGUUAACGGUUCAAUAAUCCGCAACUUUGCUGCACUCUCAGUAACGUCUGAUUCGACCGACCGUUAAUGCCGUCCAGUGACGUCACUACCCGAAAACCGGGUAGUGAUUUUGAACGGUAGAUUGUCUAAACAUUCGCAUAAUUAUGUAUAAUUAUGAGAAAUUUUAGCGACAUUGUCGCUUGAUAUUCAGUGGAUAGGUGUAUAUAAGGUGUAUAGAGGUGCAUAUCAUGUGUAUAUAAGUGUAUAGAGAGAGUAAAUAAGGUGUAUAGAGCUCGAGGUGUAUAUAAGGUUUAUAUAGAGUGUAUGGUAAAGUAUAUAGAUGUAUACAGGUGUAUAUAGAGUGUAUAUGUCGAUGACGUGGGCAUGGCGUUAUAAACAUUUUAGGCCUAAUUAUCGCUCUUAACAGUUUAUUACAUUAAGACUGUUACAUUAAGGGCAGAAUGUUAUUACAUUUACGACUUUAUUACAUUUAGGGUCGUUUUACGUUUAGGCCUUCUAAAACAAUAUUUUGCAAAGAAAAAUAAGUCCUUGCCAAAAGUUUGGCAGAUCCUGAUACCAGAAAGACAAAAUUACAAAUUUUGUUCGUUGCGUGAAUAUUGAAAUUGCAUUGAUUAAAGUUGCGUUUUAGCUUCAUGGGCGUUCAAACUCAGUGAGGGAACAGUGCUUGAGGUCAUUAUUUUUUCCUUUCUCUUCAGGGCCAGCGUUAUUAAAGAGUAUGGUGUUUACUGGGAUGAAAUUGGUGUGACUUUGAACUGUAAGUCUUCAGUUUUCUCUGCGUCUCUGCAUAGAAGGAGAAAUAGUACUUUUCCGGGCGGGCACGUUGUCCUUUUCGGCCUUUUAUCCUUCUUUCGAGUAGAAAAUGGCGGUUAAAUUCGCACUUGUCAACUGCAGCUAAUUGGCAGGACUUAGGGCGACGUCGAGGUCGAGCUGGGAGGACUUCUGAACAUAGCUUCAAAUACCUUGGCCAUUUUCUCUGCAUUAAGGUUUCGAAGGGAAUAUUAUGUUCCCCUUAGUUAGCAGAACACUGUCAGGUGGAUUGUUGAAACAUGUUGAAGGUGCCUUGCAAGCUUGUUGAAAGUUUUAUUCGAUAUCCUUUUGACUGUAGGCGAAUGAAUGUUAGAGAAAUGUUUAAACAGGCCUCGAAAUACUGGCAAACGUACUAUCAAACAAUUUUUUUAGGUAUGAUAAGAUUUGUUAUUAAUAAUAACUCUUGAUUACUGCAGUCUGGUGCCCUUUAACUGGUUGCCGUCCUGAAAUCUGCCCUCAUGGCUUUGUCACAACGAAAUUUGGAUGCAUAACAUGUGAAUGCGCAGGUCAGUAAAGCGCUCUUGCUUCAACCUCGUUCCCAGGGUUCUCUCCUACAAUGUUACUGUUCUGCCCUAAGCUACGUAAGGGCCGCUAUCAUUCACUCUAUCCAGCAUUCCCCCUCAAGAUCUUCCAGGUAGUCUGCCUCCUUAUAUUCCAUUGUUGGGUAUUACAAUAAAAUACAAAUAAUUUAAUAAACAGACUUCUUUGCGGAGGAGAGUCAUUAAAGGAAGUGCGUGUGGAUAAAUAUGGUUUUCGCUGGUUAUGAACAAUGCCAUUUUUUCAAUUAACGCAAUUGCCUACUUUCAUUAAUAAGACAGCCUAUGAAAACAAUAUGAAAUAUCCACUCUCUGAAUUCAAGAUUGAAUAGCGUUUGUGUAUAUUAAUAUUAAUAAUUUGUCUAGAUAAAGAAAUGUUGGACGACCCAUGCUUAGGUCAGGUAUUAACCCUUAAAACAAACACGCGUGGGUUUUCGUGUCUCGCGUGUUGCGCUCGACGGAUUAUGAAAAAAAGAGACUGCUCGUAGUCUAGCCUGUGUGAAGUUAAACUGCAAGUUGCAUUACACCGUAAGUUCUUCUGUUUUGGGCGUGUUUACUCUAAGCUACAUUGUUUUUUCUUGUUUGAAGGUGUGGCAGCCAUUACUGUCCAGUUUGCCAGUUUGAUUUUGAGCGUUUUCACCUUGAAUUACAGUUUCAUGUAA